AUGCCCCCACCCCCCCGCGCCUUGCGCGUCUUGCAGCUGCCAGACCGCCUAGUCCUCCAUGAUGUCACGGCCUCUCUCCGUCACGCCGACCCAUCCGACCGCAACGCCCUCAUCGACGCCGCCAACCUCGUCCACUCGCGCUACCUCUCUGCCUCCUCUGCAAUCACAAGUGAGCUCCCCACCCCUUCUCUGCUCGACCUCGACCUCCCCACCCCGCCUGCCGGCGCCAACGCCCCGGGAGAAAAACCGCCUGAGCGCGACCGCUACCUCGUCCUCCCCUUUGAUGCAGAGAAUGUGCCCCCGGCGUACGUCGCAUCCUCGCCGGAGCAAGCGGGCGUCUCCGUCACCUUGGCUAGUUCGCUUGUCGUUGAUGCCGCAGCGGGGCUUUUGGGCAUUCUGCGCCUCCCGUCCGCGAGAUAUGCCGUCUUGGCCACGCAGGCGAGGCGCGCCGGUUCACUGCCCGCUAGCAAUAUCUAUUCCGUCUCGCGAGUCAAACUCGUGAGGCUCUCUGCCAACCCACCGCUGCGCAACGACAAAGAGCUCACCACCGCCAUUGCGAAGACCUUGGAUGGCGGUGCCUUGUACUUUGCGCUUGACACCGAUCUCACCCGCUGCACCCAGGCACGUGCCUCGCACGGUGUGGCCAACGCAUUUUGGUGGACAUGGCCGCUUGCGGAGAGAUUGGGAAGCCAGGGCUGGGGGUGGUCUCUUCGGACUGUCUAUGGCUUUGUCGGGACGCAUGUCAUGCGAUUUCAGAGUACUGCCCUGGCGAGUGGCAGUGGCGAGUUUAAUUUGACCAUCGUGUCGAGAAGGUCUAGGAGAAGGGCCGGGACCAGAUAUAUUACCAGAGGCGUAGAUGCCAUGGGUGAUGUCGCCAAUUUUGUCGAGACAGAGCAGGUAGCCUGGGCAGAGGAACGUCCGACCAUUUACUCUUCGUUUGUCAUUAUUAGGGGCAGUGUACCGGUGUUUUGGAGACAGGAUAAUGGCAUUGCAAGACCUGCUCCAGAGUUGGAUGGCGUGCUGACAGCGAGUCGCAAGGCCUUUCGAACGCAUUUUGACGAGAUUACAAGGAGUUAUGGCGGUGUGUCAGCUGUGAGCUUGGUGGAUAAAAAAGGGAGUGAAGGCGUGCUUGCAGAUGCGUUUGAAAGGCAUUUUGAUCUGGACUUACGCGAUCUGGACGUGCCGCUGCCUCCGAAGCUUGUAGCGUUUGACUUUCAUACGCAUUGCGCUGGCAAAGAAUAUGAACGAGGAUUGGGAAAGCUUCUCGAGCGGUUGAGACAGGAUGUUGAGGUGUACGGGAUCUUUGCCAGAGGCUUGGAAGCGACGGGGAAGAACUCGACGCAGCACGGAGUUUUCAGGGUCAAUUGCGUGGAUUGUCUGGAUAGGACCAACGUUGUUCAGUCUUUGCUAUCGCGCGUCGUGCUCAACAUGCAGCUUGAAGCGAUAUUUAGUCCGGAAUUGCUUGGUGCGGAAGCAUCGGCCAUGCCACGCGUUUAUGGUGAAUCUGAAGAUCGAUUCAAGCAUGUCUGGGGAGACAAUGCAGACGCCGUUUCGAAGCAAUAUUCUGGGACAGGAGCACUCAAGACGGACUUCACACGCACAGGGAAGCGUUCAACGACAGGCUUAAUCGGGGACGGCAUGAAAUCAGUCAUGCGCAUGUACUACAAAAAUUUUGUCGAUGAAGGGCGGCAGGAAGUGAUUGAUAUCUUGUGUGGCAACGCGCUUAUUCGUCCUAGGCGAGUGUUGGCAGACGCAAGGGGCAGUCCUACUGAGUCGGUCACGCCCUGGAGUGGGAGCCCUGACGACGUAGACCCCGUCUCCUCUCCAUUGUGGUAUUCGUUUGAAGCGCUGCGAGUCAAUGCAAGUGGCGAUAAACAGCCGGUCUUUAUCGAAUUGCAUGACGAUGCCAUGUUUAUUACUACCGCGGAGGGUAUCGCUCUAGAAUACCCCAGACAUUCGCUCGUGUCAUGGAGUAAGUACGAAGAUGGGAAGACGACUGAGAAGAAAACCCCCAUCAGGUUGCGACUGAUUUACAAACCAUUGCGCAGGGCUCCCGCGACAGCGUCACCACUUGAUUUGCAAUUCAAGACGGGGCCUGUGGCUAGAGAAACCUUUCUCCGCGCACUCAUCUCUUGGGCGCAGCCUGAGAUCUUGCCCGUAUUUUCGAAGACCCAUAUGAACGUUCGAGUGAUCGCUGGUCUAAAUGCUGGGGAGCACAAGAUGAAAGACUGGGGACUUCCUAAUGGUUCAAGCGCUGAAAAGAAUGAAAUCAUCGCCCUCGUGUUACCAGAGGGCAACACCCUAACUCGUUCUUGGGGGUUGGCUGCUGUGCCGAUAGAUGUGGAUAGCUCAGGAUAUGUGCUCGUGGGCGCAUGCUCAGUGACGGAUCGUGGCCCAGCUAUUGCAGUCCUUGUCUCGGAGAAUCUGGCUCCAGCGGUUAUGAGCGUCGCCCAAGCGAUAAGCGGGCGUUCUGCCGCUUUUUCUCCCGGCGGCGCGGCUGCAGUUGGCAUGCAUGUGGCGGGAACAUCACUUUGUUUUGUCAGUGGACAUCUGAGUGGCUCGACGGAUGUGUAUCAUUCGCUGAGCGCACUGAAACUCGGUCGGCAUUCGUUUGAUGUCACAAAUCAGUUCCACCACUUUGCUUUGGCUGGCCUCCUGGGGGACAUGCAUUGGCACCACGGUUCCGCUCCAGGGUCUGGACCGGAAGCGAGAAACUGGGUGCACUUGGGUGACGGUUCAUCCUGCUACUCGCUUGCCAAUGGGCUGUCCGUAAUGCGGAACUCCUUUCCAACUCUCCGAUACGACGAUCGAAUUGCUCCGAACUCUCUGUGGAGAGUUGAGCACUCCCCGAGGAGAACAGGCAGUUCAAUAGCCUGUGUAGAACUCGCGAGCGGUUUAAUCGAUGGUCGCCCUGGUCCAAUGCUGCCAAAAAGUGUCUCUCAAUGUAUUAUUAGCUUGAGUGAACUUCAAGGGGAAAACAUCAAAACGCCUCCUGGAAUCGAUCAGAAUUCUCAGUUGAAUUCACAGAUCGUUUUGUACUGCGAGCAUUCGGCAACAGAAGGCAUUGUUUCAAGACAAACACCGCGCCCCUCUCAAUUCCCACGAUGGAAUGAAACUCUUCGCUUGGUACUAAUGCCUGUCGAUGCGGCGGUGGUGUAUAAAUCGUUUGUCGUUGGUCAGAUUAUCACUCCUACCCCGCUUUCGGACGCCGUUCCGGCUGGCCAUUUUGUCAUCCCAAUUUCAGGUGCGCAAAGGGGCCGCGCAAAGUUUGAUGUGCCCUGUAGGCUAGCCGGGAUUCCAACUGGGAGACUUUCGGGGAUCAUGGAGGUGCAUAUUGGAGGUCCAGAACUGUUGAAUACCGCGUCACAAACUCGAAGCACUGUGCCAUCGAGCGGUCUUGCUCAAGAUGCGUCAAAAGCCAGUCGUUCGGCUUUACCGCCAAUACCUGCCCCGCGAAGCGGCGAUGCCUCUUUCGCUCAGAGCGACCCUCGCGGGCUGACGAGACAUGGAAAGAGUAGCUCAUCCUUCUCAUCUCUGCCCAAGAAACCGUCUAUUGACGAAGUGAAUAGGAAUUUGGACGCUGCAAGAAGGAAAGGGUCAAAGCAAAUCAAAUCCGUUGUGAACAAACUAUCUUCUCUCUUGAGCCAGCCGACGUCGUCCAAUAGUUCAUCAUCUCGAAACUCACGUCAGGGUUAUGACGAGACGAUAGGAACGGACAACCCGCCACGCACAGAAGGCUUUCGAGAAGUGAACGAAGAAUUAGGCGACAUGCCUUCGUCGUUCAGGAAGGAAAGCCAGGCACGCAUGGCGAUGACUAGAGGAACAAGUGAACCCAGAUUGCAAAGCCCACAAAUCACUGCCAGUUUAUCUAAUCGUCGUGUAGUGUCAUACCAGGGGGCACCGUCUGAUGCUGGCUCUGGGCAAGCCGGGGAGAAGACAAGCGGAGACGAUUUUUCGUCAUUUGGAAGCUUCCAAGCUGCGCUUCCUUCCGCGCCCAAGAGAUUGCCGCUUAAACUGCAUCCUGCCUUAAGCGAAGAUCCUCUCCUUGUUGGCUUGAAGUCGGGUAUGGGGCAGGGUUUGAAGGCAACCCCGGCAUCACGAAAGGUUCCUGUGCAUGCACAGAAUACGGGGGGAGAUUUGCUCCUGAGCGGGCUUGCAGGGGAAAAGGCGAAACUGCAUAAUGCAGCCAGCGCGAGCACUGCAGAUGAUGAUUGGAGUGACUUUAAAGCGGCAGACAGUACAAAUGAUUCUAGUAUAGCGAGGUCUGUGAACACUAACUCUUUGCUGGACCUUUAACAUAGAGGGGAGAUUUUUGAAUAGUUUGACAGAGCACAUGUCGCAUAGAUAGAUCGUUAUUCGUGUCGAACGCAACUGGAUCGGUUGUUGUGGUCGUACACGAGUGUUACUGAGAAAGCAUACAACUAAGUACAACAUUGUGGGAGUUGUGACAUUGCGAAGCAUUUGUUUGAAGAUGACUUUUUUGGAUGCGCCCUCACGUCCAUAUUCAACUUGCUUUUUCUGGACUUGCUUUUUCUGGACUUGUAUUUGUCUGGUAAUGGGAAAGUACUCUAAACGUCAGAACUGAGUUGCGCGUUGCGGCAGGACACAUCCCCGCCAAAAGUGGCUGCUCCAGUCAUGUUUGGGAAAGUCUGACGAAGAAGCCGAUCAGAGCGUAGUUCUGAGCCUUGUUUCUUUGAUUUACUGUAUUUGAAUCCGGCUACUGUACUGUUGUGACAAUUAGAGAAACGUGUACACGUUUGCAGCUUAUAGAUCAUGGCAGGAUUGAAUGGAGUGGUAGUAGUUCGAUCAAUGCAUGAGGUAGGAAUUAAUUAAGUUAAUACAGGCAAGGGACGCAAAGGACCAAAGGG